AUGGCAGGUCCGAGCUCGAAGCCGGAAAAGUACACUCCCCCUAAUCAAAGGAAACCGUCUGGGAAUCUCAAGAAGUCAGGAGAUCGGACGAGUAGCCAGCAGAAAAAGGAUGGUGAGAGAAGUCAGCCUCUGGCUACUGAGAAAACUUCCCGAAGGAUAAUAACUCCAAAGGACUGCUCCAGGAGUGACGCUUAUCAGCUUUUACGCGAACGCUGGUCAGCUGCAAUGAGCCUAUACAACGACCCAAAGCUGGAUUUAUCUGAACGACCAAUCAUGUACUAUGGAGGGAGUGUUUGGGGUAAACUACCUCACCAGAUAUUGGCUGCAGCGAACAACACAUUGCCUCCACGGAUAUCGCCAAGUGAUUACAGAAGUGAAGUGCGCCGAGGAUUACUGGCUCCAAGAUCAUCUUCUAACAACUGA